AUGUCUUGGAGGCUCGGAAAGAAGAAGGCGUCCGGACUGGCCGCAGCCGACGACGGGGCGAGCAUGCGGUCCAUCACGCCGACGCCAGGCGACGACCGGCACGCGCUCCCCCGCACCGGCAUCCUCUCCAUCCGCGUCAUCAACGCAGAGGGCCUCGCCGUCCCAUCAGGCCAGACGCUCUCGGCUGCUGUCCAGGCCGCGCUCAAGUCACAGCAGGCGCAGGUCGCCGCUAGCAUGUCCCCCUCCUCCGUCACCCAAGACAGGCUCUCCGCAGUAGGCCACACAAAGCGCAACUCCGUACAGCGUGCGCAGUGCUGGUGGCUUCCUUACCUCGUCAUGGAGUUCGAGGUCAACCAGAUCCUCAUCACACCGCUCGGCGGAGAGCUCGCAACGCCGCUGUACAUGUACCAAGCCCACUUUGACGUGUCGCGCAACUCGGAGAUUUCCAUCCAGGCGUACAUUCGUAAGGAUGAGCCUGGACGUGGCGCGGAGGGUGGACACGAUGUCGGGAACGACCUUCAUUUGGGCGGCAUUUCGUUCAUGCCUGACCUCGACAAUAUGCCGAGCCAAGACCAGUGGUACGAGUUGCAGGGCGGCGCAGGGAAGAUCCUCAUCGGGGUUGCCUUCCAGCCGAACACUGGGCAUACGCUGACCAUCGAUGAUUUCGAACUCAUCACGGUCAUCGGCAAGGGCAGCUUCGGCAAGGUCAUGCAGGUCCGGAAACGCGAUACGCAGCGGAUCUAUGCUUUGAAGACUAUUCGCAAGGCGCAUAUUGUGAAUAGGAACGAGAUCACGCAUACGCUUGCUGAACGUCUUGUUCUGGCACGUGUGCAUUGUCCGUUCAUCGUGCCGCUCAAGUUCAGCUUCCAAUCCGAGCAGAAGCUGUACCUGGUCCUUGCCUUCGUCAACGGUGGCGAGCUAUUCCACCACCUCCAGCGUGAGCACCGGUUCAACGAGGAUCGCGCUCGCUUCUACAGUGCGGAGCUGUUAUUGGCGCUGGAGACAUUGCAUGAACUCGACGUUGUCUACCGCGACUUGAAGCCGGAGAACAUCUUGCUAGACUACAAUGGCCACAUCGCGCUGUGCGACUUCGGUCUGUGCAAGCUGAACAUGAAGAAUGAGGACACCACCAACACAUUCUGCGGUACUCCUGAGUACCUUGCGCCGGAGAUUCUCACCGGCUCAGGUUACAACCGCACGAUCGACUGGUGGACGCUCGGUGUUCUGCUCUACGAGAUGCUCUCCGGUCUCCCGCCCUUUUACGACGAGCAGACGGACAAGAUGUACGAGAAGAUCUUGAAGAACCCGCUCACGUUCGGCGACGAGAUCGGCCCCGAAGCGCGCUCGGUCCUCACUGGCCUUCUCAACCGCGACCCCACCCAACGCCUGGGUGUGAGCGGUGCCGAUGCGAUCAAGAAGCACCCGUUCUUCGCAAAGAUUGACUGGAAUCUGCUUUGGGCGAAGAAGAUCCAGCCGCCAUUCAAGCCGUCCGUGUCUUCCCCGGUCGACGUGUCCAACUUCGACACGGUGUUCACUGCCGAGGCGCCGAUGGACUCGGUCGUCGAGGGCUCACAGCUGUCGAAGACCGUGCAGCAGCAGUUCGCCGGGUUCAGCUGGGACGGAUCGAACAUGCCCGUCGACGCUUAA